CUGCCCUAUGAUAAUGUGCACCUCAUCCUCGCACCAAAACAAUAGAGGGAAGGGGGUGUUUUUCUCGGCUAGAGAUCAGGGAUGAUAGGCCCCCUAAAAAAAUGUUAUGUUAGUUUUAUAUUUCAAAACUUUAUGACAAUUUUUUUUUUACUUCUUUUCAGAAGCAAAAAGUUAACAGAGUGAACUGGAUUCUGAUUCCGAUGAUGACUCUAUCAGCAAUGAUGAGUUUCCUGCAACUGAUGAGGUUCCUGUACAUGAUAGGCCUACAGUUCCAGGAAAUGACCAUGGUAGCAGCGAUGAAGAAUAUAAUGGCGUUGAGAUGGAUGAUGUUGAACAAGGGGAAAAUGAAGCUGCAACGAUUGCUGAAAAUAACAUAGAGUUUGUGACAAUAGAAGAUCGGAAAAAUCAUUGCCACUGUGAACUCUGGGAAGGAAAAUGGUGCAUUGGACAGUUUAGUCAGCCUGAGCAAGAUGAAAUAAGGAUGAAUAUUUGAGAAAUGACACCCUUCGAGAAAGAUCUAUUAUUGCUUGGAAUGGUAAGCAUGGCAAUCAACGAUUCAAAGAUGACCGACCGAUCAAAGAAGAAAACUCAGACGGAAAGGGUGCUUACCAGAAUUGGCUGGUUCUUCAUGGGUCACAAACGGAUAUGUCGAGACACAUGGAUAUAUCUAAUGGAAACAUCAAGGGACACAUUAACGAAAAUCAAGCGUCACUAUGAGGAAAACGGCUUGGUUCCAAGAGUAAAGAAAUCAGCAAACAUGCACUGGUGUUGGAUGAUGUUCGAAACGUGACCAGGUAUAUAUUAAACUUCGCUGCAGAUCAUGCCAUACUCCUUCCAGGACGUAUCCCAGGAUUCAAGAGGGAUGACAUAAAAGUGAUCCCAAGCAAUUUUAACAAAACAGAGGUGUGGCACCUCUACCGUGCUGCUGCAACACCAGAUCAACGAGUCGUUGGAUGUUCCACAUUCAGAAAACUCUGGGCACGCUUCACUCCCUACGUUGUAAUAGCCAGGCCUGCAUCUGAUCUUUGUUGGACAUGCCAAAAGAACAAUAACUUGAUUGCGAAAUGUAUGAGCAGUCCAAGUCAGAGGUAUUGAGAAAACAAGAACAGCACCUUCAUCUUGCUAUGAUGGAACGAUCAUUUUACAAAGCCAAGUGCAGUGAUGCCAAAACAACAGCUGCAACACACGGGAUUUCUAGGUUGGAACCAUGUAGACCAAACUCAAAGGACAUACACUUCAACUACUCCUUCGAUUAUGCACAACAGGUGCACUAUCCUGCCGAUCCUCAGCAACCUGGUCCAAUAUACUUUAAGACCCCUAGGAAAUGCCAGGUGUUCGGUAUACAUGCAGAAGGAAUACCAUGUCAGAUAAAUUAUUUGAUUGACGAAGCUGUUUUUAGUGGCAAGGGGGCAAAUGCCGUCAUCAGCCUCCUACACCAUUUCCUGGGCAACUAUGGAAUUGGUGAAAUGCACCUUGAUCUCAAUGCAGACAACUGCAGUGGCCAAAACAAAAACAAUUGUGUAAUGUGGUACCUUUGCUGGCGUACUCUUGUGGGACUUCAUACUACAAUUCACAUGCAUUUCAUGUUAGCAGGCCACACUAAAUUUGCACCAGAUUGGUGCUUUGGCCUAUUCAAACGACUGUUUAAACGAACAUUUGUUUCCUCCUUGGCCGAGCUUCAGGAUGUAGUCAACAAGUCCACAGAAAAGGGAAUUAAUCACACCCAGUUAGUUGGUGAUCAGGAAGGCAAUGUGUUAGUGCCGAUAUAUGACUGGACCCUUUUUCUAGCAGACUUUUUCAGACGGUUUCCAGGAAUCAAGUCUCACCAACACUUCUUUUUCUCAGCAAAAAAACCAGGGGUGAUAAAGUAUAAGCCGAAAUCAUAUGACGACUGGAGAGCAUUCACCCUCAAGAAGACAGAUGCAGUUCCUGUUGGUAUGCCGCAUGUCAUCAACCCCAAGGGUAUGGACUUGGCGAGAAAGGCAUACUUGUUCAAGGAGAUCAGGGACUUUUGCAAAGAUGAGAUAAAGGAUCUCGUGUGCCCCAAGCCAUCAGAAAUCAUCACAGAGUCUGAUUCGGAAGAGGAUAUACAUACUGAUCAGCAAACUGAGAAAAGGGCAAUGGAGACAGCUCCUAAACAGAGACCGAGCAAGCGAGGACGAGUUGCUCGUGGUACUGGGCGUGGCCGUCGUACAGAAAAAUAACAUUACAACAGACACAUUCAUUGUAAAUAGUGCUGUUUUUUUGGCAAUAAUGGUUACACACACAUAAACAAUGACAAUCUGGAUUAUUGUGCAUUACAUACAUCUGGUGUGAAGCACCACUUUUCGUGUUCCAGUGUGAAAAUCUCAGUCAUUUUAGUGUCUUGGCUAUCAAAUAGGUGUUGUUGUUGUUUUUUCUUUUUCUUUUUGUGUAUUACCCACAGAUCAUUAAUACUAACAAAUUAUUGUUUAAAUUCACACAUUUUUAUUGAAUAUGAUUUUGUAGUUAAAACACCACCCAUUUUAAUUAAGCAGGCAUCAGAAAUAGCUAAACAAGGACAAAGUAAUCGGGUUGCACUUAGCCCGUACCAAAACCCAGGAUUUUGAAAAACAUUUCGAGACAAACUACUAAAGCGAAUUUCAAGAUUUUUAUCCUGACUGAAUGAAACAAUAUUUUUUUAAUUAAAAUUGCUUUGUAGAGUUGCUGUGUUCAUGUAUAAGCAAAAUAACCCUAAAUGGUAAAAAAAUAACUCUGGUUGCUAAGGAAUUUGAUAUGGAAUCUAAACUUACCCUUUGUCCAACUUUUAAGCCUGUUUUCUCCGUUUUCGAGUUCCGUACAUCAGUAUCUUCAAAUCGUCAUAAUUUUCUUAAUACUUGACAUUGUUCAGAAAAGUUUGCAGUUUUGGAAAGCUUAUUCAAUAAGCUUUCCAAUGGUAUAUAAAACUCAAUUUUGAAAAAUAUCACCAAGUGCCUGGUUUUGACAGAGCGGGUCACAAAUAUGUCUUUAGAUCACUUGAACCAAAGCCUCAUGGCUGGCUGU